AUGGGAGGCGAUGAGGUGAAGUUCGUGAUCGAGAAGGAAGUAACCAACAGUGAUGUGACCCAAACCAAUGGUCGUCUCUCCAUCCCAAAAGGAAAGAUUAACGAGAGUUUUCUAACACCAGCGGAGGAAUCGUACUUGGAUUACGAGCGUAAUAAACAAGAGAAGAUUGCUGAUAUUUAUGUAUCUCUGUUGGAUCAUGAUCUUAACCUUUGGGAUGAAAUGUGCUUAAAGAAGUGGAAAAUGGAGACCGCUGAAGUCUACAAUAUCACAGAUGGAUGGAACGAACUUGUAGAAGAUAACAAAUGGAAAAAAGACCAAAAGGUGUUGGUGCAACUUUGGUCUUUCAGACGCAACCACAAGCUCUACUUUGCACUCGUCAAGCUUUCAAAAGACGAGUAG